CACCUUAAAAAGCAGUAGUAUAAAGUUAAAAGUCAAGGGGAAGCGCAAAAGGUUUGGCUUCUUUUUGUUGUUAUUGCUUCCAAGUUAAAUGGAUCUUUGAUGUUGAUGACACUUAAAUGUUUUUACUCAUUCAAUAUAAGAAUUUAAAACUCUCUUGAAUAAAAUUGGUCCAUCGUUUUGACUCCACAAUAUUUUGCAGUCAGAGGAGAAAGCUCAAAGGUUGUUUUUGCGCUUAUAGAGGGCUCUUUGGUAUUAGUGAACAGUCUUAAAUGUAAUGCCGCUCGGGUCUGUUGUUAUUCCUCAACCGCUUGAGCUUUAAAUAUAGGUGUUUUGUGAUUAGGAGUGUCUUCCAAACUUCUUUCUUCUCUCUUGUUAUCAUCCCUUUUCAUCUUUUUUUUUUUUUUUCUAAGCUGACCUAAAUGGCUGAUGAAAUGUCAGAGGAACCAAAGUUUACUUUGAGGCUUAUUGUUGAUGAAGAGAAGAACAAGGUCGUUUUGGCCGAGGCCUGUAGGGAUUUCAUUGAUGUUCUCUUCAGCCUAAUGACACUGCCAAUGGGCACCAUUGCCGGAUUGCUUAAGAAGCAUAAAAAAUCCGAGAUUGGAUGUUUGAGCAACCUCUAUCAAAGCGUUGCGGACAUGAGCAUUGACAACUUCAUGACUGGAGCUUGUAAGCAGAUGUUGCUUAAUCCAAGGAGCGUGAAGGAGGCCUACUGCAAAAGGCUUAAGCUCAACCUAAACCCAACUGAUGACCACCUCAAGUACUUUAAGUGCCCUUCUUUCUCAAGCUGCAACAUGUGCAGUGAUUUUAGUGGCUCUGAUUGUGCUUGCGGAAGGUUGAUGAUCGACGAAAUCGAGUUGACUGAAGAAGAAGAUGAGAUACAGAAUGAUGUUGAUGGAGUAUUUGUAAGUGGCAGGUCUUCCUUCAUCAUCACCGAUGAUUUGAAAGUGUCUGUUGAUUCUACUGGUCUUGUCUUGAAAACUCUCAACAGUCUAGGAUGUUCUGAUGUUAGUAACCUUGGGGAACAGCUUCUUGAUAUUGGUCUCAACGAGAUGAUGCAUCUUCUUGAGUGUGUAUUCUCCUCAAAUACUCCGUUGACAGACGCUCUCUUGAAGAAGCAAAGUACACAAGACAUGACAAACAUGCACAAGCUGUCGACUAAAACAGAGGUAUCAGAAUCAGAAUUUACUAUCGAUGCCAUAGUGAGGAAACAGGACAUGAAGAUUCUAUAUGUCGAGUGUGGAGAAGACUUUGUUGAUCUUCUUUUCAGUUUUCUCGCUGUCCCUCUUGAGUAUGUAUGCGAUACGAGUUUGGGGUGCAUUGGAAACUUACGUAGAAGCUUCAAGGAUUUGACUGUUGUUGAUAAAGAAGGGAAAGAAGGGUCAGCUUCCAAAUGUGUGAUGCUACCUCAUUACUACAAAUUGCAGAAGCAGCUGUCUGGUAUAACCUCUGAAGAAGCACCAGUUUACUACCGCUACAGGAAUUCCAAUCCACGCCAGCCUGACUACAGCUUGACUAAAGAUUGUGAUCGGACUCCGCUGUAUCGGAAGGACAGAAUAGUUCCGGUGACUGUGAUUGAUCCAAAGUCUCAUGGCAGAGAACAGUCAGAGAAUGGAAGUGGGUUUGUGAAGAGAGGAACAAGGUUUACAGUUUCAGAUGAUCUGAUAAUCACAACUAGGGGUUGCUUGAGCACGUCCAUCUGCUUUCUGAAGAAGUAUGAGAUAAAGGCAGAUGAUGUGGAUGUUCAAGUUAUUAGAAUCCGUGAAGCAGAGGUAAUGAAUGUGUUGAGAGCUUCUUUGGGGACAACCUCUGCUUUGAACACUGCACUAUGGAACUUGAUUGCUAAGAAGCCAAAGAUGGAGACUUGA